GCUGAGUGAAGCGGCAGGAGCCUGCGCCGCGAUUGGCGGCGCCGGGAGAGGGCGGUGGUCUCCGGGGGUUGUUGCUAGGUAGAGUAAGAUGGCGGCUUUGGACAGGGUCAAGGUGCUGGUGUUGGGCGACUCCGGUGUCGGGAAGUCUUCGCUUGUUCAUCUCUUAUGCCAAAACCAGGUUUUGGGAAACCCGUCCUGGACAGUGGGCUGCUCGGUGGAUGUUCGAAUCCAUGACUACAAAGAAGGGACUCCAGAAGAGAAGACCUACUACAUUGAGCUGUGGGAUGUUGGAGGUUCAGUGGGUAGCGCCACUAGUGUGAAAAGCACACGAGCAGUAUUUUAUAACUUGCUGAACGGGAUAAUUUUAGUGCAUGACUUAACCAACAAGAAAUCAUCCCAGAAUUUGUAUCGCUGGUCUUUGGAAGCACUCAACAGAGAUGUUGCUCCAACAGGAGUUCUCGUGACAAAUGGUGACUACGACCGUGAACAGUUUGCUGAUAACCAGAUUCCACUGCUGGUAAUAGGAACUAAGCUGGAUCAGAUCCCAGAAACUAAGCGGAAUGAAGUUUUGACCAGAACAGCUUUCUUGGCUGAGGAUUUCAAUGCUGAAGAGAUAAAUUUGGAUUGCACUAAUCCUCGUUACCUGGCUGCAGGUUCAUCCAAUGCUGUCAAGCUAAGCAGGUUUUUUGAUAAGGUCAUAGAGAAGAGGUACUUCUUAAGAGAUGGCAAUCAGGUCUCUUCGAUCACUCGUGUUUUGAGAUUCCUGGCUUCUCUGAAAGGAAAAGGUUUGGAGGAGGAACGCUGAAGAGCCUUCAUUAUGACUGAAUACGAAAGAAGUGGAAGAUGACUUCUCCGAGUCUCUAACGGCAUUCCCAUUCCGACUGGAUGCUUGAAGACAAUAAUGCUUAUAUCAAGCAGAGUAAAAUGAUUUUAUGCUUUGGCCGGGUAGACUGCUGAAGCUACUUUUGCUGGAAAAGACUUGGGGAAGAAUUUCCAAAAAUCUAAUCCGAAGCCUAGAGCGUUUCUUAGGAUUGCAGGCUGUCUGGAUAUAUGGGAACAUUUGGGAAAAGUGUGCAAUAAAUUGAAUACCUCUCACACUGCUGUGGGAAACUUUAUCAUACACAGCAUGUAUAUGCAACAUCUUUGUCUCUGUUUUGGAAAACUUAUGGACAUUCUUUGCAAUGAAGUACAUUCAUCUUACCUGUGAAGGAAAGAUGACACUGAGUGGGCAUCUCAUUUAUAGUAAAGUGAACAAAACAAGUGAGCAAAAUGUAAGGAUGGGUAAGAAAUAGUCUGGAAAAUAAUAGAAUGCCUUCAUUAAAUGAAUGUCUCACCUGGAACACACUGUUUAGCCCUAUUCAAAAGGAAUAAAAGAAAUGGGCAAGAGAUGAAAAAAGAUUUGAAGCCUUAAAAAGAAAAUCAUGAGUAGAAAACAAGUGGUAUUAAUUCUGCUGCUUAAAUUAUAAUUGUUUACUUUGGGAAGGACAAAGUGAAUCAGUUACUCCUGUUUAUCUUUUCAUAAUUGAGUUUGGUCUUGUUGUUAAAUUAAAAGGCCAUGCAUUGAAAGCUGAUGGAAAAAGUAUGUUUUUGUACAAUGCUUAUUUAGAACAAACGUGACAUGGUCUCACUGAGCCCGAGAGCUUAGUGGAUUCAGAAAACACGAAGUAUAAGAACAUCCUCUGAAUUAGAAUGGAUAGAAAUAUAAAAGAGAUAUAAAGCCCUGUAAAAAGUAGGAACUGAGCAUGACUAGAAGGAAAGUUCUGUGAUAGGGAUGUUUCCUUUUCAUGUUUAGUACUAAGGAUAAGGGAGACUUGACCUGGUCUGAUCUACUGUGCAAGCUGUUGUCUUCCUAAAUAGCCUGAGCUUUGCCAUUUCUCACCUCCCUGUAGUUAUAUGGAGAGGUAAAAGCCUGAUUUAUGGCAGUUUCUUCUUUCCCCUCCUUCCUCAAUUACGUCUAAUGGUUAAGCCUCUGGCAAAGGCUAACUAAGAGCUAGAGUUAGAUAUAAAUACAGAUUAAUAAUAAAUGGGGAUAGAAGAAAGUAAUGUGCUGGUGUGAAAUUGACAGCGAGCAGAGUUCUGCAGUCUCCAGAUUACAUCUGCCUGCAGCUCUUCUCUAGCAGCUGCUUGGAAAUAAAUGGAAAACUGCCUAUAGCCGCUAAUCAGGCACAAAAAUGACAGCUAGGUGCACCACUCAAACUUAUUACAAAUAUGGUUACUUUGCUUUUCCUUAGGCCAUUUUUAGAAAGGUCUUGGAGCAUUUGCGAACAUGAGUGCAGUGAGUUUUUAGAUGCCUGUAUGAAAUAGUUUUUUAGUUUACAUCUACUUUGUGACCAGGGCAAAUAAGGUACCGAAAUAUUCAUAGCAGAUAACUCAUGUCUGAGCUGUGCAGCUCAUGACACCACCAGUGUCUCUCUGCUCCUUUGACAAUGAAAGCUGGAAUUAUUUUCUCAACGUCAGGUGCUGUCUUAGGGUAAUCAGAUUUAGGCUCCCUCCAAUUACCAAGGAACUGCAGAGCAGCACAAGCGAGCUAGGGCUAUUUCUUCCUUCACCCUAUGGCUUCUUUAGGAGAAUUGGAAGUAGUGUAGAGUAAGGGAGGACGUUUAGUUUAAGGUGCUGCAUGAAGCAGUGGUCGUACAGGUCUUUGGUGUGGAGGAAGCAACUAUCCUAAGUAGCCCUCUUCAAUGUAAUCAAAAAAAGGAACAUUGCUCAGCAUGCUGUAGGGUGACCUAAGCCCUAGUUGCAGCUUACCUGUAUUUUAUGCUUUUCACUCCUGAGGCUCUACCAAGAAAUGUCCUCAUAAGAGAAAUCUUGUGAAGGUCAGCUCACACUCCAGGAAGAGGAGAGAAUGCACAGUUCCUAUGCAUCAGCAGGACUGAAGGUGAGAUGAAAGUCAGGAUUUAGGAGGAAAUUAGAAAAAGAUACUGUCGUGAUAGGAAGGAGACAAGAUAAAGGGAAUAGUACCGAGGAAAAGUAGAGGACAUGGGCAAGUGGUAGAAGGUUAGCAGAUUGAGAGGAAGUUUGCCUGAGGCUGUGGCUCCUGCUCUAGACUCAGCUAGGUCUGUGUGCACUUAGUCAUAAAACUCCUCCCAGAGCAUGUCCAUCCACUCAAACUGACCUGCUGGGUGAUCUGACAAGGGACCAUGGUCAGUCUCACUAUCCCAUCUGCAAAGUGAAGGAGGCUUCCCUGGAGGCUAGACUCUGACGUAUCUGUUUAUCAAAUUGUAGUGUUUUCAAUACGUUGGGAAUUAAAGAGUUUACCCUUUC